AUGGUCAAAAAUCAAAUUACAAUAAAUUUUGCGCUGAAUUUCCUGUAUUUUUAGAUUUUGUGUUAUCAUCUGUAGCCAGUGUUUUUUUAAUAAUUUUAUAGAGCAAUAAAUAUGUAAAUUUUAUUUUUCAUUUGGAUUUAACUAUGAGAAAUUUUGAAAGAACAUUAACAUGUUAACUUAACUUGGUCAGCAAAUUUAUAAUAAAGCUGGAUAAUUGAUACAGGAAUUGGAAAACUUGAAAGAGCUUACUCUUUUAAUUAGGCUUUAGAAAAUUAUCCAAACUAUGAAUAAAGCAAUUAUAAUGUAAGGGUGAAAAAUCCUAAUAUAUUUGGGAAUUCUUAAGAUUUUAGUUGCAUAGAUCGUGAUCAUGCAAGUUUUUCUGAUUUAUGUGAUAAUGUUUUAGACCCUUUAUCAAGCAUCAAGAGAUAAACUUUAUUUGAUAAUGAAAGUAUUCAAGAAUCAAAUUCUAAAGGUUAAGGCAAAAUAAAAUCUGUAGUGAGCCAUUUUCAAAUUCAUCAAUCUGAUUGAUCCGAAUCAAUGAAGAGUAUAAUUGCAAUUCGAUAAACUUUAAGCAUCUUCAGUUUAUAGUAGAGUUUAUAAAAUUCAUCAAUAUAAUUAUAUAAUUUGUUUAUGGAAAAAACAAAAAUUUAAGUUUGUUUCAAUAAAAUAUUUAAAUUUUAUUGGAAUCUUGGAAGCACUUCAUCAAUAAAAUUUAUUCAAAUCAUUAAAUUUUCAUGAAAAAUAAUCAAACAGCAGAGUUUAAAAUUUUCUUCUCAUAUUAAAAAUCUUGGUAUAAGUGCAAAAAGCUAAUCAUUUUAUUUUAAAGAAAUAAAUGAAGAAAGAUCACAUUAUGUAUAUUUUUUUAUAAACAGGUGUAUGACAUUAAAUCAUAAAUGCUUUAACUUAAACAAUAUGAGCCCUAAUUACCAGAAAUUCCUCUUAUAGAUCCAAUUAUUGAUAAAUAAAAAAAAAGAUUAUUAGAAGAACAAAAAAAAGGAAGUUAAUUAACUAUUAGAUAAAUUGAAUAAAAAUUCAAUCUACACUUUAAAAAAUUAUACUAGCAAGUAGAUAAGAGAAUCAUUCAACCAUGUCACAACUAUUUGCAGAUUCCCUUUAAUAUUCAAAAUUAAUUUUUUUUGGCAAAUUAAAACUUGUUUAGUAACUUUACAAAUUCUAAUCCAUUUUCAAAUAUUAUGAAUAAACAAUAAGGUUUCAGUAAAUCAAAUUUCAAAACUAUGAGCAAUUCUUUUCCUUUUACAAAAAAUUCAUUCAAUUCAAAUAAAAGCAAAUCUUAUAACACCAGAAGUGGACGAAGCUGA